UGGCCAGCAGAAGGGUUUGGCGCGCACCCGUUCCGUGUCGUGCCAUCUCUCUCUCCUCCUCCUCUCUUGCUCUUGGUCUGCUGUCGCGGUCGCGGUCCAGUCCCAGUCCAGCCUCAGAAGCCUCAGUAUAGAGCCGGAGUGCGUUUGUUUUGGUCUGCGAGGGUAGCAAUUACAUCCCUCCCCCUAAAAACCGACAUGGAAGAGGAUGACAUCCACGAGACAACGAAAGAGCUCAUGCCAAUGGAGGAGGGCGGGCGCAAGGGGAGCGCCGGCAAGUUUCAUGGACCAGUGAAGAACCGCAGCUGCACAGAUGUCAUCUUUCUCAUCCUGAUGGGUGCUUUUGUCCUAGUGUUGGUUGGACUCUUGGGUUACUGUAUGUAUCAUGGAGAUAUUUAUAGAAUUAUUAACGGAUAUGACAACUGCGGAAAUGUCUGUGGUCGAAAGAAUCAUAAAAAUGCGAAUACUACAGCCCGAUACAGUUGCACUGGUGCAGACCGAACAAAUGAAAAGUACCUUCUCAUAACUGAAGCUGGUCGCGCCAUUGUAAACCCAAAAUAUGUGCAAAGAGAAUGUGUGACUGAUUGUAAUGCACGCACUGGAUAUCGCAAGUUCUUGAAUCGGUGUAUACCCGAAACCAGUGAAACUGUUGUCAAUUCAUUUUUCUCUAAAACUGGCAUAAAGGACUUCCUACAGGAGACAUCAGAGGACUUGCAUUUAUGCUGGAAAGAAAUACUCUACUUAUGCUUGAUUGCAUUUGGUUUGUCUAUUGUGUUAUUAUUCCUCUUCCGGUUUGUGGUGGCAUUUGUUGUGUGGAUUGUGCUAAUUGGAGUGGUGAUUGUCAGCGUAUUUGGCACUAUAUACCUAUGGGUGCGCUAUAAAAUGGUACGAGACGAGUUAAAAUCCAAGCCAGAUUACAGUCAGUCGGAUAUUAGCCAGAGAAAGCAUUAUUCUUUGCUUGCUUAUGCUAUCAUAGCAACAGUUGCCACAGUCAUUAUAAUGCUUGUGGUUUUGGUCAUGAGAAAACGUAUACAGCUUGUAGUACAGCUGUUCAGGGAAGCAGGGAAAGCUAUUGCUAGCAUGCCCAUUCUUCUCGUCCAACCAGUUUUGACAUUUGCUUGUCUGGCUGUAGUGGUAGCUCUCUGGAUACAUUUUACUCUCUGGAUUGAAACCUCAGGUUUCUUGACUCCAACGAGUGAUACCAAUUUAUAUUAUAAAAAAGACACAGCAACUAAGGUAACUAGAUGGUACAAUCUCUUUGCAAUGUUUUGGUUUACUCAAUUCAUUGUGAGCUGUCAACACAUGGUAAUAGCAGGUGCUGUUUCGGCAUGGUUUUUUACAAGAAACAAGGAUCAUCUAGAUGCUCCUCUUUCAAAUUCCUUCUACAAUUUGGUACGUUAUCACCUGGGGUCUGUUGCCUUUGGUUCACUAUUGAUAGCAAUUGUUCAAAUGGCAAGGGCUGUGCUAGCUUGGAUACAGGCCAGACUUAAAGGAUCUGAGAAUGGUGUUAGCAAGUGUCUGUUCCGAACAUGCCAAUGUUGUCUUUACUGCUUUGAGAAGAUACUGAAGUAUUUGACUAGAAAUGCUUUCAUUGAGAUUUCAAUGUAUGGUCACAACUUUUGCCGUGCUGGAGAGCAGGCUUUUAAAAUGUUGGCCAGCAACGCACUUAGAGUUGCUGCAAUCAACUCAGUUGGGGAUUUUGUGCUAUGGCUAGGAAAAGCUCUGGUUGUGAUUGCCACGGUUCUAAUUGGUGUUGAACUACUUCAGACGAAAGAGGGCAUUCAACAUGCAUGGGUCCCGUUAGGCCUAGCUGGACUCUUUGCGUUCUUAGUUUCACACUGUUUUUUGACUGUGUAUGAGAUGGUGAUUGAUACAAUAUUUCUGUGUUUCUGCGAGGAUUGCGAACAGAAUGAUGGGAUAAGCAAACCCUACUACAUGAGUAAAGAUCUCAUGGAAUUUGUUGAAGACAGCAAAAAGAAAUUAUCCGUUGGUGAUGCAAGAGAUUACAGUUAAAAUCCUGUGCCAGAAUUCUUGCUAAAGCAACUCCGCAACUCAACAAUUUCUUGAAAUGCCUUUGCAUUGUAUAACACCAAUCCUAUACAUUCCCAAUAAUUGAACAGGAGAAAUGUGUAAGAUUAUUGAAAUUAUUUUUGUUAUGAAUCAUGUACCAGGCAUUUGUGCAUUUUUAAGUACAAACUAGAACCAGUGCAAACAGCACAUUUUAGAAUUCUAUUGUUUUUUCUCUCAGAUAUUUGCUUUAUAUUAAGUGCAGAUUGUGCUCUUGUAUUGUGUUAGUAUUAGUAUUUUAUGGAUAUUCUUAAAAGUAUCUUUUGACUGUUCCAAAUUCAGGAACAAGAGCUUUAUCCUGCCAUCUUAUUGAUCUUCCCUUAAUGAUAUUUAUUCUCUUGCUAUAUGUGAUAGACUCGUCUGAUUUCAUAUGCUUACUUUCAUAAGAUUUUUUUUUUUACAUCUACUACUGCACACCCCCCCCCCCUUUUUUUAAAGCAGAAGACAUCCAUUGCAAUGAUUCUGGGAACAAUUUGUAGUGAUACGCAUUAUCUCGCAUUUACUUAUUUACUCUUAUGUGAUGUGCUAUUUUGUUGUUGAUGAAAUGAAGUCUACUACUUUUUCAUCUUCUCCUAAUUGCAUGUAGUGACCAUACUUCUCAAGUUAAUUUAUAUGUGUUUUUAUGCAAUGCUUAUUUGAGCAGACUGAAAUACAACCAUUUUACUUAAA